AUGCUACUCUAUCUCGUUCUAUGUAUCCUCUCUUUGGUAUCAGUCGUUCGCCCGCAGCCACAGAUACAGACUUUCUGGCCUGCCGCGGCCCCGAUCGCAGUCCGGAGCCCUUACCUGAAUGUGUGGCAGUCUGCAGUAUCGACCAACGACUAUCCCGUCUUUUGGAAUGGCUCGGUCCUGGGGUGGGUGGGCUUGAUCCGCGUGGAUGGGAACACAUAUCGGUGGCUCGGAAACAACUUCGAUUUGACGGGUUCUGUGGGCGCGGCGGGAUGCAAUGUGACAUACACGGAGGUGACGCCUACGCGGACGAUUCAGACUGUGCAGGCAGGGCCCGUGAACCUGACGCUCACAUUCCUAAGUCCGAUCGAGCCCUCGGACUGGGUGAAGCAGUCUAUGCCAUUCUCGUACCUCGCUGUAGAGUUCGCUUCAACGGAUAAUAAGGAGCACGAUGUGCAGCUGUAUUCGGAUAUCAGCGCAGAAUGGGUGUCCGCAUAUAAGGGCUACGUCGCAGAGUGGAGCACUAACCAGACCGACAAUAUCGUCUACCACGCGAUCAAGCUUCAGCAGCCCCAGGCUUUCGACGAGCAGUACCAGCAGGCCAACGACGGCACGGCUUAUUACGCGAUGUCGCUUGGUUACGGUCAAAGUGUCGGGUGGCAAAGUUGCCAAGACACAGUCUGCUACGAGACCUUCUAUGCAUCUGGCGCUCUGAGUAGCAAAAACGACAAUGACACGUUCCGUGCCAUUUCGACGGACCUCCCCGUCUUUGCGUUCUCUGUGGACUUUGGGAAUGUCAGCGCGACGCAGUCUCCCGUCGUCUGGACAGUCGGCUACGUCCGCGAUCCAUCUAUUGAGUACACACUCCUCGGAGACGCGUCGACUCUGCGCCCGUACUACACGACUCAGUACUCCAGCGCUCAGGACGCUCUCGAAGCCUUCCUGUCGGACUACAACAAUUCUCUUAGCCGAUCUCAAGAUUUGGACAGCCAGAUCGAAAGUGCUGCUGCGAAUGUCUCCUCUGGAAGCCAAUACUACAACAUGCUGUCCCUCGCCGCCCGUCAAGCGUUCGCUGCACUCGAUCUGACGACAUCAAGCCCAGGCGGGAGCGACAGCUCGACGCGGUUCUUCAUGAAGGACAUUGGCUACAGCAGCCGAGUGAAUCCCGUCGAGACCUUAUACGCUGCGCUGCCCAUGUUCCUGUACUUCAACGCCUCCAUGGUGAAGCCGCUCCUUCUCCCUCUGCUCGAGCAGCAGAACUCCUCUUCGUACACGGCCCAGUAUGCCGCGAGUGAUAUCGGGACCUCCUACCCAGUCGUGUCGGAUCCGACGGCGAACGCCAAUGAAGGCGUUGAACAAUCUGGUAACAUGCUGAUCAUGACCCUGGCUCAUGCUACGUAUGCGAGCGACUCCUCUUUGCUCGAAGGCUAUUACGCCUUGCUGAAGAGAUGGGCAGAUUAUCUUGUCUCGAAUGCAUUGUAUCCCGAGAAUCAAUUAUCUGUUGAUACAAUGAGCACGACUAGCAACUCGACAAACCUUGCUCUCAAGGGUAUCAUCGGUAUUCAAGCCAUGUCGAACAUCAGCGCUAUCCUGCAACGAGACGAGGAUGCGCAACACUACUCCUCUGUCGCGUCGCAGUACAGCGAGACCUGGAAAUCGCUCGCGAUGACAUCAGACUCCGCGCACAUUGUACCCACGUACGGGGAUUCCUCGUCGGCCUGGUCGAUGGCGUAUAAUCUGUAUGCACAUACGCUGCUCGGCUUCGAUCUCCUAGAUGAAGCAGUCUUCACAGGCACCACGACGUAUUACCAAGGGCUCCUUCAAUCCGGUGCCGACUACACAUACGGCCUACCUCUCGAUAGCGAACACGAUAUUCUCGGUAGCCCAGCAUGGAUGUCACUGACCGCAGCAUCGCUCACGGAUACGACUGUCAGUCAACAGAUGCUGAGCCGUCUGUGGAAGUAUGCUUCGUCGAACUCGUCGACAAGGCCAUUUCCGAGUAGGUAUAACGUAUCUGAUGGAGACUUCGUGGGCGGCACUGCAAGUCCUGCACAGGGUGCUUUGUUUGCUCCAUUGGUGUUGAGUGGCAACCGCCUCAACACCUCAGGCUCGCCGUCGUCGCAGCAGCCGUCCUCGGCUUCAUCUUCGUCAGGAGGACACCAUACUCCGAUAGCAGCAAUCGUAGGGGGCGUUGUCGGUGGUGUCGCUGGCUGCCUCUUGGUCAUCCUGGCGGUAUAUCUUUUCCGCCGGAACCGCCGACGACGGAUGGUCUUCGUCGAGCCGUACAUCUCUCCGGUGCUCUCAGAGAAGGAAGGGGAAGCUGCGUCUCCACCCAGUCAACGGUAUCUUUUGGCCCCCUCGCCUCCGCAUACACCAUCUGCAACAGGCGACUCCUCAAUCAUUGGUGGUGCACCGUCGUCUAUCUCGAGUCCUACGUCUAUAUCGAGUCCUAUGGUUCCCCAGACCAUAGCUGGUUCCGUCAUCGUUCUCGGCAGCCCGCCUUCCGUCAUCUCAUCUCAUGUCACAACAUCCUCAUUACGGGCAACCGAUGUUCCACCACCCGCUGUGACAUUGACACCUUUCCCAGAACCUGUCAACGGUUCAGAAGUCGCUGGUGCCUCCUUAACAUCUUCGUCUCAACCUCCUGAGGUCGAGGUUGUGGCGGGACCAGAUACUACUUUGCCUCCACCACUUAGCCCUAGCAUUGGCGCGCAAGACACCGACAUUCAGUCACCGGGCGCUGCGUCGAAACUCAGCAUAUCAAGCCGGAAUCGGGACGCCGAGCUGGCGAGUCUGCGGAACGAUAUGCAGCAGCUCCGUCAAGAGCUGCAGCGAGUGGUUCCUGUUCUGGAGAGGCUGGAUGAGCCCCCGCCGGACUAUUGGUCACAUCAAUAG